AUGGCCGGCGCGGGCCCCACAUUUUGUGUCCACACGGUCACGGCGACCGGCGCGCCGUCGUCCGUCGCACCCACGGCGCUGUCGGCGCUCGACGCCUUCGAGGCGCGCUUCGGCGGCCCCCACAUGUGCUACGAGUUCGACGCGCCCCUGGACCCGGCGCGGCUCGAGCGGGGCUUCGCGAAGCUGCUGCGCGAGUGCCCCUGGCUCGGCGGCGCCGUCGCGCCGCUGCCGGGGGACCCGCCCGCCGCGCUCGCGAUCGUCGGCGCGCCGGCGGCGGCCGCCGAGGCGCACUUCGCGGCCGUCGGCCUCGGCCGCGCGGCCCGCGUCGCCGCCGUCGACGGCCGCUCGCUCGCGUGGGACCCGGCGCGCCACGGCCCGCGGCGGCCGUGGUGGAACGAGGCCGCGCUCGGCUGCCUCCGGUCCCAGAGGCGCGCGCUGCGCGACGCGGCCGCGCGCGGCGACGGCGCGCUCCUCCUGCUCGAGGACGACGCGAUCCUCGACGCGAACGUCGUCGCCAAGGUGCGGGCCUGGACGGCGCACCGCGCCUUCGCGCGCGUCCCCUGGCACCUCCUCUACCUCGGCGGGAACCACGACCUCCCGCCCGCGGAGCUCAGCGACGACGACGACGACGACGACGACGACGGCGGCGGCGGCGCGCCGUGCCGCCUCGUCCGCGCGCGGCGCACCGUCGCGCUCCACGCCGUCCUCGUCCACCGCCGCGCCUUCGCGGGCGCGGGCGUGCUCGCGCUCCUCGACACCGAGGCCGCGCCCUCCGACAUCCUCCUCGCGCGCGACUACCAGCCGCGCUUCCCGUGCUUCGUGCUCGAGCCCCGCCUCGCGACGCAGCGCCGGGGCCACAGCGACAUCCGCGGCGAGAUCGUCGACUACGCCGCGCUCCUGGGGGGCGCGCCGACCGGCGACACCUGA